AUGACUAUCGUCUUCAUUACUGGUGUUGGCAGGGGUAUUGGUCGGGCCCUCGUCGAGGCCUACCUUGCCCAGCCAAACACCACCGUUAUCGGCAGUGUCCGCAACAAGGCCGAUGCCAAAUACCAGGAGCUCCAGAACUCUCCGGCCGCCAGCGGCUCUAAGCUCAUCCUGGUGAGCAUCGAAUCGUCUUCCCAGACGGACCCGAAGCAAGCGGUCGAGGAGAUCCAGGCCGCCGGCAUUGGCCACGUCGACAUCGCAAUUGCCAACGCCGGCUACUCGCCGCCGUUUGCGGGCGCCGACUCAGUUGCGCUCAAGGACGUCGAGGAGUCCUUCCGUGUUAAUGCUCUUGCGCCCCUCGCUCUGUACCAGGCCCUCAAGCCCCUACUCGACAAGUCCAGCGCACCCAAGUGGAUAACAAUGUCAUCAGCCGUCGGAUCCAUCACCAACAUCGAGCUGUAUGGCGUGUCUGGGUUGAUUUCGUAUGGUGUGGCUAAGGCGGCACUGAACUGGAUUACCGUCGCUGCUCAAGGCGCGGAUAAGAACCUCAUCGCCUUCUCGGUCCAUCCUGGCCUGGUCCAGACGGACAUGGGCAAUGCCGGGGCUCGCGCGGCCGGCUUGGAGAAGGCCCCCGUGACCCUAGAAACCGUGACGUCCAAGCUCCUCCCUUUUAUUGCGGAAGCCACACGCGAGAAGACUUCUGGCAAGUUCUUUAACCUCGAUGAUGACACCGAGCUCCCAUGGUAG